AUCCACCCUCGUAGAAUGCUCCGUCCAUAUGAUCAUUCGGUACGUAAUCGCGGACGGAUUUCGAAGAGCGUGACUGAGCGUGACUUAUCGCCACCGUUCGUGAUCGUUCGACCCUCUCGUCCCCUCAUCCGAUAUUAUCGGAUGCUACAUUUUUAGACGCGGCCGACGGGGGACGUAACCUGUGGACGGAUAUAGAACUCGACUGUGACUCUCCGACACUCGGAGGACGCGAGACUACGUCGUGCGACAACUCGAGAAGAGCAGGAUCGUGCAACAUCCGCCUGUCAUUUUACGGACGUCUCACGCCGCUGGAAGUCGUCGGCGGAUUUAGACGGACGAGCUGUCAGAAGAGGGGCCGAAGAUCGGUUUUCAUGCUCAGCCGUCACGAAACUUUGACAAUCGAUAAGGAAACAUGCGUGUGCUAGACCUCGUGAGUCGGCCCAAAGCGCCCAAGGACUCGGCGGCGCACGAAUGGCUCCUUUUUCCCACGAUUCGAGGUAAGUCGGCGGACUCGCUCACGAGGUUAGGUGGUCGCGCAUGAAGGAUCAUGAAGAGUCCCGCGACAUCCCUGCAGCACCUGCAGAAUGGCGGGACCAACGCGCAGCCCGUGCCGCCGUUGCAAAGUUUGACGGCGCCGGGCAGCGUAAAGGCCCGCUACAGCGGCAACGGCCACGCGACCGCCGCCAACGGUAGUUACCAGGUGGUGAAGGUGGCCGGGCGCGAGUCCGGCUGUUACAUCGCCAGCAACAUCGCGCCCAAGGUCGGCAAGCAACAGCUGGUGUCCCUGAACGGGGACUCGUCGGUGCGCUGCGACAGCGUCAACGUCGACGAGGCGUUGGCAUGCGACGUCGCGCCCGUGGCGUCCGCGACGAGGACCAAGGCGCUGUGCGUUCACAUCCGUGAGAACAAGUGGUACGACGCCGGCAACAUAGUUUCCGUGGGGGUCGCGGGUACCAGCCUGAAUCAUGCCCUGGAAAGCAUGUCCUUGGCGUACAAUCCUGCUACAAAGCAGCUGUACUCCGUGGAGGAGACCAAGGCGUCUCCUCCUCUUCCUCCUUCAGGCACCGCGCAGAUCGACUGCACCUCUCAGUACUUGGAAUCUCCGUGCAACGGUAAGGAACGGUCCGCGCCUUCUAGCACGAAACUCGUCGACGCGGAUAGAUACACGAAGCUCGAGAACGUGAGCGCGAAUAGCAGCCCGAGGAAUAGUCUGCCUCGAUCGUGCAGCAGCACAGUGUCUUCCCUUAGCGAGAUCUCGCCCUCGGGUAGCUUUCUGGGCGCCGACGAGCAACAGCACGCUAUCGAGAAGAACGAGAAGAACAAACGUUGGGGCCUGAACUCGCUCUUCGCGAAGAACGUGUUCUCGUGGAAGGGCAGAGGCUCCCAGCAGUCAACGCCCACCGGCAGCCCGUCGAGAAGCCUGGACAAGGUAGGCGGUAGUACGGCUUUGAUUCAGCAACCGCGACCGGCGAAUCUGCCGGCUAAGAACGCACUGGAAGAGGAACGGCAUCGUAAGCAGUACAGUGCUAUUCUAGAGGCGGCUAGGAAGAGAGAGCUGCGCGAGGAAAGGGAGCGCAAGCAGCAGCGAGAAUCUCAGCUGAAGGAGGAGGAGAGACUGGCCGAGGAUUCGAGCACGUGGAACGUGUACGUCCUACCGCGAUUCGAGAGCGUCAAGAGCACGAAGAGAGUGAAGGACCUGUGGUGGCGCGGCCUGCCGCCGAGCGUCCGCGGCAAAGUGUGGAAACUGGCGAUUCCGAAUCACCUCAGUAUCACCCCGCACCUUUACAAUCUCUGUUUGGACAGGGCGAUGUCGUGCCCCAGCAACGAGUCAUUGGCCGCGAUCAGAUUAGACGUAUCUCGUACCUUUCCUACCUUAUGUGUCUUUCAAGAGGGUGGACCACUAUCCGAUAGCCUUCAGGGUAUUUUGGCAGCGUAUGCCGUGUACAGACCGGACGUGGGCUACGUGCAAGGCAUGAGCUUCGUCGGCGCCGUGCUGUCGCUCAACAUGGAACCGCCGGACGCGUUCGCCUGCUUCGCCAAUCUGCUGAAUCAUCCUUGCCACAGAGCCGCCUUCACAUUGGACCAAAAGAGAAUGAACAUUUACUACAAGGUAUACUCCAGUGCUCUUGCGCAUAAGCUGCCAAAAGUCUUCUCCCACUUCACCGUGGCCGGACUGAGCCCGGACUUGUAUCUAUUAGAUUGGUUGUACACGAUAUAUGCCAAAGCAAUGCCUCUCGACGUCGCCUGCAGAAUUUGGGACGUCUUUCUCCGUGACGGGGACGAGUUCCUCUUUAGAACGGCGCUCGGUGUCCUGCACUUAUAUCAAGAGGAGCUGCUGAAGAUGGACUUUGUGCGCGGCGCUCAGUUUCUCACUAGACUACCGGAGAAUCUGCAAGCGGAGUCUUUGUUCAACAGUAUUAGUCAAAUGUCCACUACCGUCGGCGCGACGACGUUCCAGCAGAUGUUGCUGCAAUUCUCCUCGUAAUUCUCCGCGCGUCAGCGAUCAUUGAAUUUCAGGUACCGUCUCUGAUUGUUAUGGCUAAGGGCUUUAACACCGGAUUCUGCAGAAGUAAGCAUAUUUUUUACACAUAUUUAUUAUCAUUUAAGAUUGUACAUUUAACUUUUUUGGAAUCUACAUUUUUGCUAACGAAACGCGCGAGAUUUAUGUUCGCUCGAUUGAAUCACUCGCGGAUAUACCAAAUAUUUCUCCUGAAAACGCAUUAAUUGUUAUUUAUUCAAAAUCUAUUGUGAAUAUUAUUUAUUUGAAAUUUUUGUCUUGUGAUUGACACGAGGACGUAAUAUAUAUAUAAUAUAUAUAUAUAUAUAUAUAUCGAAUUAAUUGCACAGGUAACUGAAUCAUUUUCAUGGAAAAUCACAAAAGAUAUAUGUGUGUGUAUAUACAUAUGUAAAUGAAUGAAUUUGUUAUAGGAGUCAUAUUUUCCAUGUAAAUAAUAUAACUGACUGUUUUUCAUUUGGUUGUAGAUAUGUUCUUGUAAAGAAUGAAAUUAACAAGGAGGAUCUGUAGACCCUCGAUGCUUUAUCAAGCAUAUUAGAGAUCUGUACUCACUUUGCAUUCUCGUCUAGUAUUUUUUGAAAUGUGGCAAAUACUGUAUUUGUAACAUGUUGGAAAAUACUCUUCAAUACAUGGGAAAACGGAGAUAGAAAGAAGAGAGAGAAUGAAUGUGUGCAUGUAUAUGAGAAAAAGAGUACUAUAUUGUUAGG